UUGAUUAUACCCAACUGAUUUGCAUGAAGGCGCGCUAUAAGGAAAACGACAAAACAUUGCAGGUGACUUGCUUUUCUGGCUCAUGAUUUGUUUAGCUUUGGCUUUUCCUUGAUGAGCAUUAUAUAUUUGUUUUGCAUUAGCGGGAGCAAUCUUUCAGCGUUAUGGUUGUGGAGCUCUGUUGUUUUGUUUUUGCUGAUAUCCAUCGAUUUGGUCUUUUUCUGUUUCUGUCUACCUAAUUUGUAUCUGGCUCUUUUUUCUUCGCAGCAUAUGGAUGAUGCAUUUGGAGGGCAAUAUGGUUGCAAAAGGGUUCGAAGUUAUUCCACUCCUGGAGUCGGUGUUCAGUUUGCUGGUACAGAAUUUGCUAUUACUUUCACUUUGUAUGUAUUCUUAUCAAAUUGAUACUCAGUGAGAUUUCUUGUAUGUCUUCUAUAUCGUCAUCGUAGAUCUACCU